UCCUGUCUGCGACUGAAAGAGAGCGCGGGGAAUUUUAACAGACUCCAUCAAAAACCGUGAAUUUCUUAGUUUUUUCCAGGCUGCAACAAAGCUCUAAGAGAAAAUGAGGACCUUAGAGGAGGUACAGGCCACGUUAGAGAUCGCCAAACUGAAGGAGGAGGAUUUACUCCCAACUAUCCAGUGUUUAUCAUUUGGAGACAACGUUUCAUCUGCAGAUUACUGCCUGAUGGAGCUGGAUGAGACGCUGUGCAAACACAUAGAAGCUGGAGAAAGUCUUGUAAUCCGAGGGGAUAAAGAUGAGCGUGCCGUGCUUUGUAGCAGCAACAAGACCUACGACCUGAAAAUAGCCGACACAUCCAACCUGCUGCUGUUUGUACCCGGCUGCAAAACACCAGACCAACUAACCAGCAGCCAGGACGGCUCUCACGUGGUGCACGCUCAGAUCUGGGGUUUCUGCAACAGUUACUGGGAGCUGAGGAAACAGAGACCCAAACUGAAGAAGCUGAAGAGGCUUUUAAUGGAGAAUCCUUAUGAAGGACCUGCUUUAGGGGGGCAAGAGGAAAACAAGGAGAACAGGUACACAAUGGAGGAUCUAUUGGAUCGUAUACAGGCCAGUGAGGAGGAAUUAAAGGUCCACUUGGAGACCAUCCACGCCUGCCAGAUAGAUAGAUACUGGCGUGUUCUGGACUUCGACUAUGAGAUGAAGCUUCUCGGUCACGUGACCCAGCUGGUGGAUUCUGAGUCAUGGUCCUUCGACAAGGUCCCCCUUCAAAGCAGUCUGGAGGAGCUGGCUCCUCUGGAGCCCCGGGAGAUGAUUGAGCACUGUUUGAACUGCUAUGGAAAACGCUACACUGAAAACGAGAAGGUGUUCUAUGCGUUGCACGAGGAUAAGGUGUGCCGGGGCCUGGCGUUAAUGCUGCUGCAGAACGCCAUCAAAUUUAACCUGAAGGAGUUUCAGGACGUUUGGCAGCAGAGUGUGCCGGAGGGCAUGAGCACGAGACUGGAGCAGCUAAAGGGAGUCGCUUUAGUGGAUCGAACUUCCCGCCCAGAAACCAUCAGCCUGCUGAGAGUGGAAGAUCUCCCAGAGGACACAGUGGAGCGCUUCAAUCACCUCUUCUCACUCAGAGAGAAGUGGACAGAGGAUGACAUCACACCAUACAUACAAGACCUUUGUGGAGAGAAGCAGACCACCGGAGCCCUGCUCACUAAAUAUGCUCGGUCAUCUGUGCAAAACGGAAUCAAAGUCUUUAACUCCAGAAGACCUGUGGCCACUUGAAGCCUCCAAGAGGAGCAGAGAUCCAUCUAAAUUAGAAUGUUUAUGUAUACUAAGGAAAUCCUCUUACCUGAAAUGCUAUUCAGUAGCAAACUUGUACAGAUUUUGAAUCCGCUUCGACGUUUUCUAUGUUCAGAAGAGGUUAAAAAUAUUAAUAAAGGACGUUUGUAUUAGA